AGAGAAAGAGAGAGCCCACAGCACUUCCUCACCCAGACGUGCCAGAGAAGUGGCAGUGGUGGUGGUGGUGACAUGUGAGGACGAAUCAUUCGGCUCUCUCGGUUCGGUAACGAGCGUGUCCGAAACUCUCCUCCCUUUUUCCCGCCGCCGCCGCCGCCGGGGCUGAUGUGAACGCACGGGCUGCGUUGGGUUUCUCGUCAGACGCUCGUUGCAAGACCUCAGCAGAUAUAUACUCAAUCGUGACGGAUCCGUCCCCCCUUUUUGCUCCCACACUCCUGUUUAAGAUUCCGCAGUUGACAAGACGGACAGCGCUUUUUUUGCCCGCCGCCGCAUCCUUCUCCUCUCUUCUGACUUUUUUUUUUUUUUUUUCACGGAAAUCUGGCCGUUUUUCUUUUAAGGAUUCAACCCAAGUUUAAUCAUACGAGGAGUUUACAAUGACAGCUACCAAGGAGCAGCCAAACCAGAGGCAGAAUCAGCAGCCGCAGGAUGAGGACCUGGGUGGGGGGAGUCCUCCUCAGAGGAACUGGAAAGGGAUUGCCAUCGCUCUGCUGGUCAUCUUGGUGGUCUGCUCCCUAAUCACCAUGUCUGUCAUCCUCCUCACACCAGCCGACAGCCAAGCUGGAAGCAACACCAAACUGUCCGUGGAGGAUCUGUUCAAACCUGAGUUCAAAGUCCAUGACCCGGAGGCCAAAUGGAUCAAUGACUCCGAAGUCAUCUACAGGAACAGUGAUGGCCACGUCAUCAAGUUCAACAUCCUCACAAACGAAACAGAGAUUGUCCUGACAAACACAACAUUUAUCAAUUUCAACGUGGCAAAGUAUUCUGUAUCCCCUGAUCUGAAAUAUGUGCUCUUCGCCUAUGAUGUGAAACAGGUUUACCGCCACUCCUACAUGGCCUCCUACAGCAUCUACAAUAUUCACACACGGGAGGUUUGGGAGCUGGACCCUCCUGAGGUGGUGAACUCGGUCCUGCAGUACGCUGCCUGGGGAGUUCAAGGCCAACAACUGAUCUACAUAUUUGAAAAUAACAUCUACUACCAAUCAGAUGUCAAGAGUAACUCCCUCAGGCUGACAUCCUCGGGGAAGGAAGGGAUCGUCUUCAAUGGGAUCGCUGACUGGCUCUAUGAAGAGGAGAUCCUUCAGACCCAUGUGGCCCACUGGUGGUCACCUGACGGAGAGAGGUUGGCCUUCCUGGUCCUUAAUGACAGUCUGGUGCCCAACAUGGCGUUACCCCGCUUCACCGGCAUGACAUACCCCAAAGGAAAACACUAUCCAUACCCUAAGGCUGGUCAACCCAACCCGGCGGUGAAGCUCUAUGUAGUCAAUCUUUACGGGCCGACGCACACGCUGGAGCUCAUGCCUCCAGAGACGCUCAAGCUACGGGAGCAUUAUGUGACCAUGGUGAAGUGGAUCAGCAAGACCAAGACAUCUGUCAGGUGGUUGAACCGGGCCCAGAACAUCUCCAUUCUGACUGUGUGUGACACCACCACCGGAGCCUGCGUCACGAGACAUGAAGAAAGCUCUGAGCUCUGGCUUUCCAAGCAGAAUCAAGAACCGGUGUUCUCCAAAGAUGGCAGCAGAUUCUUCCUGAGUGUCCCGGUCAAACAAGGAGGACGUGGAGAGUUCCAUCACAUCGCCAUGUUCACCACACAGUUCAGAGCAGAUCAAAAUGAAGUCCGACAUCUAACAUCAGGGAACUGGGAGGUGACCAAGAUCAUUGCCUAUGAUGAGAACACUGACAACCUUUAUUUUCUCAGCACAGAGGGUUCACCACGAAGACGGCAACUUUUCAGUGUUAAAACUGUGGGUCUGUUCCCACGACGGUGUUUGACAUGCGAGCUAAAUAAAGCUCACUGUCUGUACUUCGAUGCUGACAUCAGCCCCAACAACCAGCACAUUAUCCUCCACUGUAAAGGUCCUGGAGCACCUACUGUGAUCUUACACAGCCUCAAUAAUUCAAAUUACUACAUCCUUGGGAACAACUCUUUGCUGAAGGUCGCCUUGAAGUUGAAAAGGAUCCAGCUGACUGACUUCAGAACUGUUCAGAUGGAACAUUUUGAUUUACCUUUGAAGAUCUCGUAUCCACCAGACUUCUCUGAGUCCCGUCACUAUGGACUACUGUUGCUGAUUGACAGCACCCCUGGUGGUCAGGCUGUGACUGACCGCUACUCUCUCAGCUGGGACUCUGUACUGGUCAGCUCAGACAGCGUCAUCGUGGCUCGUCUGGACGGCCGGGGCAGCGGCUUCCAGGGUCAGAGGAUCCUGCACGAGGUUCACCAGAGACUGGGAACUGUUGAUGUUCAGGACCAGAUUGCAGCAGUAGAAUUCAUGAUGAAAUUUCCAUAUAUUGAUCGGACACGGAUAGCAGUGUUUGGAAAGGGUUAUGGAGCAUACAUAACAUUAAUGAUGCUCAAGUCUACCGACAGCCUCUUCAAAUGUGCAUGUGCAAUGUCACCAGUGACAGACUGGAAACUAUAUGCAUCAGCGUUCUCUGAGAGGUACCUUGGCAUGCCAUUACGGGAUGACAGCAGAUAUCAGUUUUCCAGUGUGCUGCAGAACAUUCAAGCACUUAGGGAGCAGACACUGAUGCUGGUGCACGGCACAGCGGAUGCCAACAUCCACUUUCAGCAUACUGCUGAGCUCGUCAAGAACCUCGUGAAAGUUGGAGCAAACUACUCAAUGCAGAUCUACCCAGAUGAGGGCCAUUUCCUGUCUCAGCAGAGUCGCCAGCACCUCUACGCCACACUGACCAGCUUCUACAGGGAGUGUCUGAAGGAAGAGUUACUACCGCUGCCUGAUGAGGAAGAGGAGGAAGAGGAGUAGGCGGGAGGCUUUGAGGGUCAGACCUUUGGCAGAGCUUGAAGAAUUUCGCUAAAAUCCGUCAAGGCCUUUCACGUUUGGACCAAGUGUUUAGCCGGACAUGGACACUGGGUUAGAGCUGCUAAUGCUCUUAAAGUGUGUGUGGCUGUGUGUGCGUGUGUGACUGUGUAUGCUGGUGUAUAAAUGUGUUGAAAAGAUAACUGAAGGACACGACAGUGACACUUGCGUUGCCGGGACUUGAGGCGGGAACUGCCCUCUAGCAUAAAGUCAUUUCAGUUUUGGGGACGCUCCGUUUCUUGGCAAAGCGCACGGAAGACCGCCUUCAUCUUUUGCAGGCUCUCUCUGGGCUGCAGUCAUCCACAAGUGCAUGGUUCUUUUUUCCCCCCCUCGCGGCUUCACUCAUUUUGCCAUGUUAGUCUCCUUUGUGGUAGCACUUGGGAAGGAAAGAACACAGAUGUACACUUUUGAUCUCACCUUUUCCUUUGGUUGUUGUAUUGUCGCACAAGGAAAUGCUAGUUCACCACAACAGAGAUGAUCCUGAAUAAGUGCUAUUUCCUGCUGAAAACCCUCUGCCAUCGCCCACCCUAAAUGAAAAACAGUCUUUAUAGGUCACACUUUAUUGUACAGAGGUCUUGUGUAGACAUGUACAAUGCCUUAUGAGGUUCAACAUACUGUAAUAGUACUUGCUGGCAGUGGUAGUCAUCCAUUAGGCGUGUCAUGUUAACCUAUGUCAACUCAGGUCCUCGAGACACAGCGUUGCAGUCAGUUUAGUAUCAGUUACAACACUAUGUCAGCUGUAUGGUCACGAAUAAGUUGUGAAUUAUAUGAAAAUAAUGGAUAUUGGACAUACAGUAAUUUCAGGCCACACUGCAACUUCUCCAUCUUAAUAUAUCAUUAAAUCUUGUUUUCUUAAAAUCUCUAAAAAGGUGUGAGAUGAUUUUUCAGAUUCAAGAGCUUUCUUGAAGUCAAGAGACAUUUUCCCUGUGUCUGGGUAUUCUCUAAUAUCAAGAAAAGAAUAAUUAACUGCAGUGGAUAUUAAUGAAAAUGGGUGUACUGAGGUGGACAAUUUUACAGUGUCCGUAAGGUGUUUGCAUGUCUACAGGGAACGUGUCAAGUGGUGUCACAUUUUGUACAGUACAAUACAGCAGAGUGUGUACAUAAAUAUAUUUUUGAGAUGUCAGAUCUCAUAGAUAGUUUAGUCUAUGGGGAUGGAUUCAUUUGACCCGGAUGUCUUGUACCUUUCUUUUUCUGUUUUAAUUUCAGCUGUUGAUUUUCUUCUUAGGAUGGAUUUUGUAAUGCUUGUUCUUGUUCUUUUUUGCUGUUUUAAAAGGGAAAGGGCAGGGUUGAGCUUUUGGGGUUAUUGUGAUUGUCCUCUAGUGAUGAUUAUAAAUAAAAAAAAGACCAUGAAAAA